AUGGGCUUCCUCGAUUGGAAUGACGGCGCCUCCGUCCUCUCUACCCGCUCCUCUCAUCGCCGCCAUCGCUCCUCUCGCUCCCACAAGAAGCGCCGCUCCCGCUCGCGAUCCCGAUCUAGCUCCCCCGACCGUGGCCGCUCCUUUGCGGGCUCCAUCUUUGGCGGCGACCGCUAUGGCAAGCACAAUUCUUCUCGUGCCUCCUUCUUUGGGCUCGGCGGUGGCAACAACAGCCGCUCCAGCUUCUUCGGAAACAGUCGUUCGUCCUACUACAAGCGCUCUCCUCGCCAGGGCUUCAUCCAAAAGACGUACAAGCAGCUGAAGCGCCUCCUCCGCGACCUCGUCCACUGGGCCAAGCGCCACCCCUGGAAGGUCUUCUUCCUCGUCAUCAUGCCCCUCAUCACCGGGGGCGCACUGACGGCCCUCCUCGCUCGCUUCGGCCUGCGCAUCCCCCCGGCUAUCGAGCGCAUGCUCGGCGUCGCCUCCAAGGCUGCCACCGGGGACUCGUCUGGCCUUGUUGGCGAGGCUGUCCGCAUGGCUAGUGGCUUUGGUGGAAACACCUCUGUCCGUAUGGAGCGCGAUACCCGAUCCUUCAGCGGUGGACGAGGCGACGACAGCUGGGGUAGUGGCCUGGCCGACAUGGCCAAGAAGUGGAUGUAG